CAACCGAGGGAAAUUCCAACCCCAACAUAUCACUGAAUUACGAUGCAAACAGAACACAAGAUCAACAACAAAGAUACCAAGGUUUUUAUGAUAUUGGGCAUACUGGACAGCCUACAACGCAGAAUCGUAUCUAUAUUGAACAGCAAUGGCCAGGACAACAUGGACCACCCCCUUCAGUAUACGGUGUCAGCGGUAGGCACGGAUAUGGCCCAGUGCCGCAGAUGUACCCUCGACCGGUUCCACUGAUGCAGCAACAGAUAAAUACCCUACAGGCCGUAACUUCCAUUGAACCUAAAAUGAACGUCAGGUUUGACGAUUUGCAAGGGAAAAUCACAGUCAUUGAUAAACGGCUGCAGGAAUACGCCUUUUUACAAAAACAAGAUGGCUUGAGGUUAAAUCACAUCGAGAAGAUGCUUGCUCGCAUUGACCAGGCAGUAAGUGGGCAUAGUGAAGCCAUCACGGAAAUGCCAACGAUGCUAGCCCAAGGAAUCGAAUUGAAUGAAAGAAUGUCGAAUGUUCAUCCACAGGAUUUUUUCAACCACCAAACCAUGGACAUACAUUCAACUGUUGAUGAGAGAUCUAACACCGUUCUAGUGGAUAACCAGGAAAGACUCGGAAUGGUCCCUCAACGACUGAGUGCAGAUAUUGAGAGAGGAGGCCAUCCAGAGCCCAAAAUGGACUUGUUCAGAACUUGCCAGCGAGGACCAAUUGCAAUGACCAAACAACAUAAAAGAAUCCUACAAAAGAACCACAAAGCACUAGUGGAUGAUCUGGAAUUUAAUCUGAUUUGUCCACGUUUGUUUGAAGAUGGAAUUUUGAAAGAAGAUGAUAUUGAACAGUUAAGUAACAUAGCUGUCUCAUCAGUUAGAAACAGAACUUUACUCGUGAACAUACUGCCCAAGAGAGGAGAUGCUGCGUUUUGGAGCUUUCGAAAGGCGCUGAAAGAUACGAAACCGUGGCUUGACAAUCUGUUAGAAGAGAAAACGAAUUACGUGACCGCAGAACUAAAAGUGGAUUUAGUGUCAUUUACUGGGAAUAUUGUCAACAGAGAGCGUCUGCAGCGGGCACAUCAGAUAAUUGAGGAACAGGCACCGAUGCUUCAAGAGGCCCUAAGUUUGAUACACCUCACGAUGGAAAGCAUCAAGUCCGGCUGCCUCUUAUGUACGCUUCGAUUCGACGCCAUAAAUGUUCUUGAUAAUUUCUGGGGUUGGACGAAUUCAAAAUCCAAAGAGCCUUCGCCACUUUUGAAGGUAGUAAGAAAUGCGUUGCGGACUAGGGAACUAGAUAGAAUUAUGGAACAGAAUGGUUUUGAAUUCUUGCUCAAGGGAGAAAUGAGUGCCGAACAGUAUUUUGAGAAAAGAGCACAGCUGUUGCAAGAUAGCCAAUGCCUUCCAGUCAGGUCAGCAGAUGAUUGCCUGCAUCCGUAUGUUGGACGCUCUGUCUUUGAAAAUGAAACGGAAGAGCGUCUUUCUGUUAUUUUGUAUAAAUUACAUAAGCAAGCGUAUGGGGAAGACACAGUUCCAACUUUCACCAUGUUUCUGAACCGCUUAAGCGAUAGUGUUAGGGCUCGGCAGAAGGUGCUUCGACUGCGAGGCCUUUCAUCAAAUUUGCUUGUUUCCUACACCAAUAUGAAACGGGAUUGGGAGAACUUAACUGCUGAUCGUGUCGAGAAAGACCUUGAACUACAAGAGCUCCGAGAAAAGCAGUUGGCCAAUGCAGGGAAUCUGAGUGAAAUUGAAUAUCACCGACAGCAACUUGCAAAUUCUGAAAAAAACUGUGAAACAUUAAAACAGCAAUUAGAGGAAGCAUCUGCAGAAGUUACUGUCAAAAAUGACGUUAUUAGCCAGUUGGAAAGUCGCCUGAAAGAUACGCAGAUGCAAAUCAAAGUCCAAGAACAACAAACGAGAAGCACACGGGUUGAUCGGACACAAAAUCCUACUGACGAAGAAGAGUCGCCGCUACAAGAGAUGCAGAGACAGCGCAAUCGAGAGCAGGAGCUUCUAGCAGUUAUAAAAGAAAAAGACGAACAAUUAAGUCAGUUAAAAGGGCUCCUUGACGGGAUAAGACGUAUACCAGGAGAAGGUUUCGUAUAUUCAAAUCAAGGCAACAGGGUGUUUGAACUUGAAGACCCCGCGUCACAGAAUGUUACCCAUCAAAAGGAUGUGGAUCUUUUAAAAGGAUAUAUGCAUGGUCCCCAAAACAGAGAACGAAGAAUCCCAAACAUUGUUAGUGCAAUGUUUAAUGAACAGAAUUUUUCACAAGGCCAAGGGAAAGAGGCUGAAUUUGAGGACACGUAUAAAGAAGGCAAUAAAGAUGUAGACAUUGAACGAGGAAAUCAGAACUCGCCAAAGGCACCAGUGCCUGAGCAGGAAGGCGCCACUGAUACCACCCUUAACGUCGUGACAGCUGAAUCAGAAAAGGACCAAGCUGCAGUAGGUGGGGAGAGUACCGAGACUAAUACGGAGGGCAGUGUGCCAGGUGAAAAGAAGAUAAGACGAAGCAAAGGCUUGGACACGGUAAUAUGUAUUGACACAUCUGGAUCGAUGAAGACAGCCUUUCCCAAAGUUAAGGACACGGUGUUGCAGAUAUUAGCUCGCAUGGAGCACGAUGCCACAUAUUAUGGGUUUGAGGAAAACGUGUCCAUUGUUCAGUGUGGAGGAGACGGCACCGGUGUGGUGGUACCGCUGACUUUCGAUUACGACAUGGCGCGGAGGGGAUUUGGUACGACAGAUUUUCAAAAUGAUUGUUCAAGUUUUACAGUAUCUACUGAGGCUAUACUUAAACAAUUACCAGUAUAAGUAAGUGACCCUUUCAAAUGCAUUGUGUGACAUCCCAGUCUGGACGCUGCCAUUUAUGCCAUCUGGCAACGUGCCCCACUUCAUAGU